AUGGAUGAAUCAACUCGCAACAAGCUUUUCAAGAAGUACAAAACUCAGGUCGCCUCAGCCAUCUCGACCGUCUGUGCAACUUUGGCGGUGACUCCCCUUGAAAAUGUCAAGACUCGCAUGCAAACACAUAAUUUCAAGAACAUUUUUCAAUGUGCUCGAUAUCUUUGGCGAACCGAGGGACCCCGUGGCUAUGUAGCUGGUGCACUUCCUCCGCUAGCAAGUGUAACCGCAGUGCGUGUCUUGAACUUCACCUCCUACAAUUAUGCAAAGGAGGGCAUCGCAGAUGUCGUCAAGCGAGUUACAGGCACAUCUCCCUUGGCCGUCUCUGAAAAUUCGCCACGGGGCCCCACUGUGGCCGGGAUUUUGACUUAUUCUCUUGCUGGUGGCUUUGCCGGACUGGUGGCAGCUCCGAUCGCUUGCCCCUUUGAGCUUGCCAAGAAUGUGGUCCAGACCUCAGUUCUGGUGUCCAACCGAGCCCUGGCAGCGCCUGGUGCGGCCCAUGACCCGUCUCUCCGGAGCAAGCCGCGUAUUGGCACAGUUGAAGCCGCCAAGCAGAUCAUCAAGCGGCACGGCUUCCGUGGUCUGUACACCGGCUUCCACCUUCAUGCUCUGCGUGACACUGUGGGUACAGCUAUGUACUUUGGUAUCUAUGAGACCGUGAAGCAGGUAGCUGCCAAAGAGAUGGGGACUGAUCAGUCCCCUCUGGGUGCGCCCGCGAUCGCUGGGGCCAUCUGCAGCACUCUUCCUUGGUUCUGCACCUACCCCCUGGAUACCCGAAAGACCCGAGCACAGAGUGUGCUGCUUGGCAAGACCAAGGAGAUUGGUGAGGCUUCGGUGGCGGUUGCCAAGUCCAGCACGUACAAGGGCAUCUCCAUCAUCCUGGUCCGGACCGGAGUCAAUAACAUGAUCCUUCUCAGUCUCUUUGAGUAUAUUAAGGCUCGAAUUGAUGAGCUACCGAACUAG